AUGGUUCGCACGAUAUCCAGUAUGAAAACUUUGGUUGGUCCCAAAUCAGCUUUUAGAAACUUCACCACAACUCCAUUAUCUAAUAAAGCUGCGUGUUCAUUAGUUCCACCGGUGCAUCAUUUAGUCAAGAUCGAUAAAUCCAAACUAACAACAAGAUUUGAUGGCUUUAAAUUCGAGAAAGAUGAUAUAAGAUCCCCUGCUUACAGACCAAAGGAUACACGCCAAGAUAGAUUAAGAGAACAUUACUUAAAUACGUUACAAUCUGAUAUUCUAUUAAUAAAUUACAAACAUAAUGCGACUGUCGAAAAGGGUUUGAAGAAUAGAGAAUGGGAUGGUACAUCUCCUUACCAAAUUAAUAGACCAAUGAAGAAACCAAAGGGUUCAAAAUCAGAACUCCCAGACACUCAUCCAAUCAAAUGGAAUAAUAUCCCUGGCCUAAAAAGUAUUACACUUAACUGUUAUGUCAGAGAUGCAAGAGAAAAUGAAAUGUUGACUAUUAGCGCAGCACUACAAUUACAACAGUUAACUGGUUGUAAACCAAAAAUUAUAUAUUCGAAAUCAGAUGUUCCAAAUUGGAAAAUCAGAAAGGGUCAUGCUAUGGGUGCAAAAGUCACAUUGGAAGGUUACGAAAUGUCCCAAUUCUUAAGUACACUCUCUGAAAUUGUUCUCCCAAGAAUUAGAGAAUACAAAGGUAUUAGUAUGUCUUCAGGAGAUAGAUUUGGUGGUAUUGCAUUUGGUUUAAAUGAAGAAGAAGUAAAAUUCUUUCCAGAGAUUGACUUGAAUCAAGAUUUAUGGCCAAAGACGUUUGGUAUGCACAUUAAUGUAAACACGACAGCCCAAACCAACGAGCAAGCCAGAACCUUGAUAAGUAGUUUACAAAUUCCUUUCAACACCGAAAAUGAACAAAGAAUGUAA